UAACGCAGACCCUGAAAACAUUUGUGAAGGCUUCCAGAAAUCGGCGUGGAGCAGGUGUAGCCCCCAAUGCCUGCUACGCCGGCGGCCGGCCCCGGUUUCGCUGGGUUGCCGGCGCAGGCUCCGACGAGCUCCCUCCCCGGAUUUGAAGGCCCCCCUAGCCGGCUAGGCGUUCGGAGGCCGGCAUGGGUCGUCCGCACCGAGUCAAAUGUUAGGAGAGAAAGACGAAAACGACCUGAUCCUCCAUGCACCAUCUGCAAAGGCACAGGGACAAUAAAUUGCCGCAACUGUUUCGGUAGAGGAAGAGUAAAUCAUGUCGAUCUCGCCGUGCUCCCCAAGGGAGAAUGGCCGCAAUGGUGCCAAAUAUGCGGGGGUAGCGGCCUAGAUUACUGCCAUCGGUGCCAUGGAACAGGUGAAUAUCGAGAACCCAUGGGCUUCCACUUCACAGUCAAUAGGAAAUGAGCGUCGCACAGCGGCACAGGCAGUGUUGGAAGGCUGGUCAAGUCAAAUGGUCAGAAAAAAAAAGUCCCAUUGAGGCCAUAGGAUCAACAUUUGAAUGAGCUGUGGGAAAAGUUGUAGCCCAAUAUUUAGGAUGUCUGUUGCUGUGAAAACUUUGAUGUUAUGCUGAUGCUGUCGAAUUUUGUUGUCAACAAAGGAAAAAUAGAUGUAGAUUAUGAUCAGAGGGCAAGUGUCAUCACUUUAAUCAACCGGCUAAAUUUAUGUAUGCAACUAUAUUAGGUGAUAAAUAAGGGCUUUUCUACCA